AUGGGUAACUUACCCCCUCCUCGAGUCACUCUUACCUAUCCCUUCCUCGCGACAGGCGUAGACUUUGGCGGGCCCUUCUCAAUCGUAGACCGCAAGGGCAGAGGAUGUAAGAUAUCCAAAUGUUGGCUUAGUCUUUUUGUGUGUUUAAGCACUAAGGCAUUAACUUUGGAGGUGGUUAGUAGUCUGAGUACUGAAGCAUUUUUAAUGUGUUUGCGUAGAUUUAUAUCACGUCGUGGCAAGCCUCAUGAUAUUUAUUGUGACAAUGGCACCAACUUUGUGGGUGCAAAUAAUGAGCUAGGCAGAAUGUUGCAGGCAAGCCAAAGUUCUGUAAGUGCGGCUGCCCACGACGAGGGCAUUAAAUUUCAUUUUUCGCCCGCUUAUUCCCCUCACUGGAGGGGCUGA